AAGCAGGGGUAGAGGAGAGAGAGAAGGAAAGGAAGGUUAGAGGUACACGAAGGAGGGGAGAGAGAUACAAAGUGGAAAGGAGCCCUAAGGAGGAGAGAACCAAAAGUGGGAAUGUGGAAGGGAAACAGCCCGGCGGGGAACGAGGGAGCAGCCAUGGAGGGGACAGGUAGAGAGCUAGGGGGACAGGGGAACUGGGGUCUGGAAGAUGCCCCAGGCCUCUUGGCCAGGGCCUCCCUGCCUAUCAUGCUCCCCUGGCCAGUGCCCCUGGCCUCCUCAGCCCUGACCUUGCUCUUUGGAGCCCUCACUUCCCUUUUCCUCUGGUACUGCUACCGCCUGGGCUCCCAAGACAUGCAGGCCCUGGGGGCUAGGAGCGGGGCUGCGGGUGUUAGUGGUGGGCCUGGGGGAUGCUCUGAGGCUGGCAGGCCAAGCCCAGGGAGCUCUGGGGAGCAUGGGGAAGGAGCCAGGACAGAAGGCCUAGUGAGCUGUCGGCUUCGGGCCUACGCCAGGCGCUACUCCUGGGCUGGGAUGGGUAGGGUGAGGCGGGCAGCUCAGGGUGGUCCAGGCCCUGGGGGAGGUCCAGGGGUCCUGGGCAUUCAGCGCCCAGGCCUGCUUUUCCUACCAGACCUACCUUCAGUCCCCUUUGUGCCACGGGAUGCCCAGCGGCAUGAUGUGGAACUCCUGGAGAGCAGCUUCCUUGCCAUUUUGCGGGACUUUGAGGCUGUGAGCUGGGACUUCUCAGGGACUACCCCUCUGCCUCGGGGCUGGUCCCCACUCCUGGCCCCUGGGUGCUAUCAGCUCCUGCUGUACCAAGCAGGCAGGUGCCAACCCAACAACUGCCGCCGGUGCCCAGGAGCCUAUCGGGCACUGAGAGGGCUACGGAGUUUUAUGAGUGCCAACACCUUCGGCAAUGCUGGCUUUUCCGUUCUUCUGCCAGGGGCCCGGCUCGAGGCCCGCUGUGGGCCCACCAAUGCCCGGGUCAGAUGCCAUCUGGGCCUGAAGACCCCCCCUGGCUGUGAGCUGGUGGUCGGGGGUGAGCCCCAGUGCUGGGCUGAGGGGCACUGUCUACUGGUGGACGACUCCUUCCUGCACACCGUGGCUCAUAAUGGCUCCCCAGAAGAUGGGCCACGAGUGGUCUUCAUCGUGGAUCUGUGGCACCCCAACGUGGCUGGGGCUGAGCGCCAGGCUCUUGACUUUGUCUUUGCACCAGACCCUUGAAGGAAGGUGUUCCCUUCACACACCUGGGCUGGAGAGAUGCUGCACUCAGGGACGGCUUGAGUGGCAGCCAGCACCUCCUCCCCACUGUGGAGGGAGGAGGAGGAUGAGGGCUGAGGGCGGGAUGUGGCCAGUGAGCACAGAAACAGACAUUGUGAAUCCUCUCCUAACUCCUGACUACUUCCUUCCCAGCUGCCAACCCCGGGGAAGGGCUUGGGGCAGGGGCUCACAUUUUCUCCCAUACAACCAACCAAGUACCUCCUAAUACAAGCCAUCGCCCCGUCCCUCUCCCCGGGAGCCAGCAGCAGACCCUCAACUCAACUUUAUUCCAAUAAUUUAAUAGAAAAUUAAAAUAAUAAAUAAUAUGAAACAGA